CUCGUACAAAAAUCUUAUGCUAGGCUAUUCUAUAAUGAUUUUGUUUACAAUGCCGAAGACCCUUGUUUUAAAAACGUUCAACAAUUCAAGGGUAUGAAUACUGAGGAGUCUUUGCAAUCCAAGGAGCUUGAAAAGGCAUUUGUUGAGGUUUCCAAACCUUCAUAUACAAACAAAGUUUUACCCAAUUUAUUGGCUGCUACCAAAAUAGGAAAUAUGUACUGCGCCUCUUUGUAUGCGUGCCUUGCAACCUUGCUGUCAACCGUUACACCUGAAGAGCUGGUGGGAAAACGCGUUGGCAUGUUUUCAUACGGAUCAGGUUUAGCGUCGUCAUUUUUCUCUUUCAAAAUUGUAAAACCCAUCACUCAAAUCUAUAAAAUAUUGGAUAUAAAAAAUCGCCUUGAUUCUCGUGUAAAAACAUCACCAGAAAAGUUUGAUGAAGUGAUGCGAUUGCGGGAAGAGAGUCAUAAUAAAAAUGAUUUUAACGUUGUGGGUGAUGGAAGUUCAGUCGAAGAAGCGUUCUUUGAAGGAACUUAUUACUUGGAAAAAAUUGAUGCAAAGUGGAGACGUUUCUAUAAGCGUAGAAUUUAA